GACUCGGACUCGGACUCAACCUUACCUGGAUGCAUAUAUAUAUAUCUUUCAACCCUACUUGCCUUAUAAGCUUAAAUUCAUCCACCUGAUUUGAAGCACAUUCUUGCCUUGAUUCAUUGCUCUGUCUACCUUCUUCGUCUUUAUCAUCUUCAUUCAUCCAUGUCGGCGGCUGCGGCGAUUCUCUCCCCCAAUCCUGCGGUCCCGGACCUCAAGCUGACAGUCCACGAAUCCACCCUGGUAUCCCCGCCACCACCAUCUCACCCAAAAUCCCUCUUUCUCUCUAACAUCGACCAGAUCCUCAACUACAGCGUCCCCACCGCCUACUUCUUCCCCUCCAACCCCGACUUUCCCCCGCAAGUCAUCGCCCAACGGCUCAGAACCGCACUCCAGAGACUGCUGCUCACCUAUGACUUUAUGGCCGGAAGACUCAAGUUGAACCAGGAGCUACAGGGCCGCCUUGAGAUAGACUGCAACGCCGCCGGGGUAGGCUUUGUGGUGGCUUCUUCUGAGUUAUCCCUUGCCGAUCUCGGGGAUGUGGUCCGUCCCAACCCUGCCUUCCAACACCUUGCGCCGGAAACCCUGGAUAACAUUAAAGAUGGGGAUCAACCACUUUUCACUCUUCAGGUAACGUCGUUCAAGUGCGGCGGUUUUGCGAUCGGCAUGUCAUCGAAUCACAUUCUUUUGGACGGAAUGAGCGCCAGGGCAUUCAAGCAAAACCUGGCCUCCCAGGCUUUCGAGGACGAGAGGCCCUUGGCGGUUAUCCCCUGUCUCGACCGUCGCCUGCUCGUUGGCAGGUCUCCACCGCAAGUGGAUUUCCAGCACCAGGAGUUCUUCAUACCGGAGACGGCCCCCAAUUCAUCAGGCCCUCCAGUCUUCGAUUGCCAGAGAGAAGAAUUGGAGUUCAGAGUGUUCAGGCUAACCCCAGCCGACAUAAAAUUUCUCAAGGAAGUGGCAGCUGCAGAUGCAGAUGCAGAUGGUCGCACUAAUACCAAGAUCAGCAGCUACAGCGUGGCGACGGCGCUCAUAUGGCGGUGCAAAGCCCUUUCGUCGUGGAAGGAUGGGGACGGGGACAGUGGCAGCAGCGACAGAGAGCGAGUGUCGAGGUUUCUUAAUGUGAUCGACAUCAGGGCGAGGCUGAGUCCGGCACUGCCAGAAUCCUACUGCGGAAACGCGGUGCUGGUAGCCCAGUCGUCGGAGAAGUGCGAGGAAAUGGAGAAGGGCAAGGGCUCGUUCGGGAAGCUGGUGGAGAUGGUGGCGGAGGGGCCCAUGAAGAUCGGGGACUCGUACGUGAGGUCGGCCAUAGACUGGCUGGGGGUUAACCGGGGGCUGCCCUACGGGGAUUAUAUGGUGAGCUCGUGGCUGAGGCUGGGGUUUGGGGAGGUGGAGUUCCCCUGGGGAAAGGCGCGACACUGCGGCCCCAUGCCCAACCACAGGAAAGACAUAUGCUGGAUGUUCCCCACCCCCACUGCCUCUGCCAAUGAGGGUCAAGGUGCUGGUCACGCCGGAAUUGAUAUAAAUGCCCUGGUGGCGCUCCCCCCACCGGAGAUGGAGCGCUUCCAGGCCCACUUCCUUGACUUCUUCUCCAAUGAAUGAAUUACUGUAGUUACUACUACUACUGUUGUGCGACUGCAGUAAUAUUACAGUGUUGUGUUGUGUUGUGGUUAGUCCAUGCCGCCUCCGCCAGGCUGGCAUGUCAUGUUGAGCGUAUGUCUGUUCUUUCUAACGACAUCUGCAAUAAAAGAUACAUGUUAUUAGAUA